CGUCAGGGUUGCAAGUCAUCACAUUAAGCGAUAAGAAACAACGCAGGCUACAAAGACGUCAGGUGGAUAUGUUCUGAAGGCUUUCAAGUAUCUUUUGUUUCCACUAAACGAUAGGCAUUUGAGGUGUAAUUACUUUUAUUUAGUCAAAAUUCAUACAGUUGUUUCAAAUGGAACGUGAUACAAAUCAAAUGUCUCAAAGUCCAUCUUUAUGUCGAUCUGGCUGUGGGUUUUAUGGUAGUCCCAAGACUGAUGGCUUGUGCUCAAAAUGUUAUAAAGAUGCUCUCAAAAGAAAACAAGCCAAUCCUGCUCCACCUCAGCUCAGUGGACGUACCAGUCCUGCUGCCUCUUCUGCUGUUAGCACUGUCUCUGAAUGUGAUGACAAAGACAUUUUGUCAAAAGAUGAUUUGUCAACAGCCUCUCCAACAGUGCCAGCUGUUGUAGUUACCCCACCUAGUCAAGAUCAGAGUAAGCCCGAGACUUCCAAACAGACCCUUAUUGAAUCAGAGACUUCUCCUGCAAGUCCAGCUUCUUCAGAGAAAGGAGAAGGGGAAUCUUCCCAACAAGAUGAUUCCCUGGAGAAAGAUCAGAAAAAGAAGAAAAACAGAUGCCAUGUAUGCAAAAAGAAAGUUGGUCUCACUGGAUUUCCCUGUCGAUGCAGUGGUCUAUUCUGCAGCGUGCAUAGAUAUUCUAAUGAACACAAUUGUACAUUUGACUACAAACAGCUUGGUGCUCAAGAAAUCCGUAAAAACAAUCCUCUUGUGGUUGGAGAGAAAGUUAAGAAAAUUUAAUUGAACUUCGAACACCUGACGUCUAAAGACAUUUUAAGACACUGAGAGCUUCGAGUAUGAAAACAAUGUUUACAGUGAAGCUUUCAGUGUUUGUGAAAAACAUUUCUUUCGUUCUCUGCCCUUGUAGGUCUGUUUAGUUGUUAAAUUUUUUUCCAGUAUAUAUAUGGCUUUUUUUGUUUCUUUUCUUCUGAGAUUUAUAUUUUAGAGUACAUGACAUAGUUUUAGUCUUACUUUUUUUGCCUUUAAUUUAAUCAGAUUUUUUUCUCCUUCAUUCAUGUAUGAUGUUUUAUUAAAAUGAUAUAUCUGAUUUUUCUUGACCAUUUUUAUUCUCUCAUCACUAGGAUUUGAAAACAUAAUAUUGAAUGAAAGAAUUGUGCUUUGUAUGUUUUAUGAACUUGUGUACUACAUAUUAUCUUUAAAAUAUAUAAGUAAUUCAGCCACAACCCAAGAGUGUUAAUAUUUUACUUCUUGAAUUUAAUGAUCUAGUAUGAUCCCUCUAUUUGUGCCUGUUUUCUCUGCUUGUGGAUGUUUGUUUUUGCUUUGCCUAUUACACGGCUUGAUUUGUAUUUAAUGCUUGGAAUUUAAAGAAUGUCACUUUAUACUAGUUAUGUUUGUAUAGAAUAUUUUAUUAUAUAUAUAUUUUUUUCUUUCCUUUUCUUGGUAUAGAUUUUUGUGCUACGCCAUGAGUAUAUUCUUUGUGCUAGCACUGAGUACACUUGUAGCUUUUAUGAACUUAUUACAAAUAUGGAAUUAAUAAGCAAUGUUACAGUCAGUAUCCUGCCCCUUUAUGGAAAAAGCUUUUUUUUUUUUUUUUUUUUUUUUUUUAAAUUGGCAUACAUAGAUUUAUAAAUGCCACUGAAAAUCAAACUUUGUUUGUGCAAUAUAACACUCUAAUAGUUGGGAUUUUACUGCUGAGCUUAAGAUUGCUUCUGUCCCUUCCCUUAUGAUUAUUUCACUUUAAAAAAAUUAUUAGUAUAUUAAUUAUUUAAAAUUAUGAUCCUCUCAAAAUCGUUAGAAAAUUCUUGAACUGUAUUUGUAAAAUAUCCAGCCUUUGUGAUUUUCUACUAUCUGUGCUGGAAUUUUGCUCUUUGUCGUAACAUGAUUUAUAAAUAGUACAGGAGGGGAUAAAAACUUAGCAAAUUUUCAUGCAAGGCUAUUUGGUUUUGUGGAAUACAUCUAAGCAUGCUUCAACUCUUACUGAUCUUAGAUUGAAUGUACAUUUUUCAUCUGCAAACUGCUGAUCAUUUAUCAUUCUUCAUAUUAUGUAAUUUGGCGGGUAUAUUUAGAAUGUCCUAUUCCUGUUUAUAGAGGUUUCAGACUUUCACCAUCAUUGUUAAAAAGGCUGCUACUACUCAUUCAUUUUCAUUGUUAAUGAACCAACUAGGAUCAAAGGAAGGGUUGCAUUUUUCUUCAAGUACUUCUCCCAACUACCCAUGUUCCAUAUAAAUGUGAGAAAAUAGUCAUUUUUUUUUUUUUUUAAAUGGGAAUUUCCUGAUGUUUUAUGGGGGCAUGGGUAUUGACUGUAACAUAUUUUUUUUUUUACUGCAGUUGUAGCAGUCAGCGCUAACAUCCAUCCUUUGUGAACAUUGCCUUUGUCUGUGAACAUGUGUGCAGAUGAAAAAUGAACAUCUAUAUUUCCUUUUCAAAAUUCGGAAAUGGUAUUGAUGCAGUUAAAUCUUCUGCUGUAGCAGAGAGGUCAUUGCCUAAAAAUUUAGUAGAUAGUGUUAUUAUCGUGCACACAAGUAUAGGUAUAUGUAGCCGAGCACAACAUUUGAAUCGGGGAUCUGCUGUUCAGACUUGUGAUUCUGUGCAACAUCUUUAGCUGUCCAUUUUUAUGAUAAAUUAAUUAUUAUGGAAAGAUUUCUCUGAAUUACUUGUAAAAAAAAUUAAAAAUUUUCAUGUAGAGGUGAAACAAUAAAGUGUCAAAGUGAUCGGU